AUGCCACAAAUGGGAAGGAAAAAAUCCAUGUUUUUCAAGACUCUCAAUGACAUGUUCAUUAUAAAAGAGAUCAAGAGUAUAGAGUAUGAAUCAUUUGUAAGAUUUGGUCCAGAAUAUUUCAAGUACAUGAAAGACACUUAUGAAUUAGGCAACCAAACUUGCCUGGCAAAAGUUUUAGGGAUCUACCAGCCGAAUGGUCGAAGAGAGAUACAACACAACUUGAUGGUGAUGGAGAAUCUCAACUUUGGUAGGACUAUUUCUCAUGAGUACAAUCUUAAAGGCCCUCUACUCACUCGGUUUAUUACUACCACUAUUGGUGACGGUGUAGAAGAGGUUAUGCUAGGACCUAAAUUUUUCAAAGAGAUGAACAAUUCCCCAGUUUACUUCAGCAAGAUCUCAAAAUAUAACCUCCAAAGUGUGGUCAAGAACGAUAUUGACUUCCUAGAUGUCAUUAUUCGGACUAGAACUUGA